UUUUAUUUAUACAUCCAAUGUUUGAUAACUACUGUUGCGAUAUUUUAUAACAUAUAUCUAACAGACUUGCGUUUGGAUGGGUUUCAUUGAAGUGUGCGCUUUUUAAAUAACAUCGUAUAUAAAUAGUUUCAGUGAAAGAUUGUGCCAAAUUUAAUUGUUCUAAUAAUAAGCAAAUCCAUUCUUGAAUUAAAUUACAUGUACUCGGUGUACCAGUAAUAUACUGUGUGCUUCUUUUGUGAUAAACAAAUAUUUAAUUAAACUUAUCAGUAAGUAAAGUUAAACUUGUUUUUUUGUAUUAUGUUGUAAUAGAAGAAUAAAAUUUCAUAUACAGCUCAGUUGUAACGCCGCAACGUAAGUAAUUAGAAAAUGGUGAAGGCAGUGGCAAUUAUUACAGUGAGUGACAGCUGUUUCAAGGAUAAUUCCCGAGAUAAAUCUGGGCCGGCACUAUUUGAUUUCAUAACAGAGAAAUUUCCUGAGGCAAACGUACAUACAAUAAUUGUACCAGAUGAGAAAGAAAUAAUUGAGCGGGAGCUCAAAUAUUUUUGUGAUUCCAAUAUAGAUCUGAUUCUAACAACCGGGGGUACAGGUUUGAGUCCUCGUGAUGUCACUCCAGAAGCAACUAAAGCUAUCAUUCAGAGAGAAGUACCAGCUAUACCCAUCGCAAUGACCAUAGAAAGCCUUAAAAAGACUCCAAUGGCAAUGUUAUCAAGAGCAGUAGCUGGCAUUAAGGAUCGUACACUCAUAAUUAACUUCCCGGGAAGUAAGAAAGCUGUUACAGAGUGCAUUGAAGUUGUCAAAGUAGUCAUAUCCCAUGCUAUUUCUGUGAUUAACAAUGAAUUGGGCGAAGUGAAAACUGUUCAUGACAAACUACAAAUUGAUCACAUUUGUCCACAUAAGAGGAAUAGUCAUGUGGAUAUAUCCAAAGUUGCAUUAAGACCUCGGGAAUCACCUUACCCCAUGAUGGAAAUGGUGGAUGCCUUCAAUGUGGUUGAUGCUGUAAUGUUGAAAUGGAAUGAGAAAAUAGAAGUAGUUUCCUUAGAAAAUAGCAUGGGCUGUGUAGUCGCUCAAGACAUCAUUGCUAAGGAACCAAUGCCUCCAUUUCCCGCCUCGGUUAAAGAUGGUUACGCAUGCCUGAGUCUGGAUGGCGUAGGAACACGCACAGUCCGCGCCGCAGUGGCAGCGGGGGAGACGCCGUACACGCCACUCGGCCACGGGGAGUGCGCCAGAGUCAAUACUGGGGCGCCCUUGCCCUUAGGAGCUGACUGCGUUGUACAGGUGGAGGAUACAAAACUAACUCAGGCUUCCGAUGAUCAUAAAACUGAGCUGGAAAUUGAGGUGCUGGUGGCGCCGCAACCGCACCAAGACGUGAGACCGAUCGGCUUCGAUAUCCCUGUCGGAUCUAUGCUGGUCAAUAAAGGUGACGUAAUAGGCGCCGCACAAAUGGGUAUUUUAGCUGGAGCCGGAUACCAGAAUGUUCCUAUAAUCACUUAUCCUAAGGUGGGCAUCAUGUCGACCGGCAACGAGCUACAAGAACCCUCAGAUAGCAUUCUACGCCCGUCACAUAUAAGAGACUCCAAUAGAAUCAUGUUAAAAGCAUUGCUCAAAGAGCACGGGUACGAGAGCAUAGACUGCGGCAUUGCGCGCGACGAGCCGUCCGCGCUGGCGGAGGCUAUUGCGCGCGCGCUGCCGCUGACAGACAUCCUCGUGUGCACGGGCGGCGUGUCCAUGGGGGACAGGGACUUGUUGAAACCUGUUCUCAUUAACGAUUUUGGCGCAACUCUACACUUUGGUCGCGUGCGGAUGAAGCCCGGAAAACCGAGCACAUUUGCCACUUGCGAGUUUCAAGGGAAAACUAAGUUUAUCUUCGCUUUACCUGGUAACCCGGUGUCAGCGUACGUGUGCUGCCUGCUGUUCGUGGUGCGCGCGCUGCGGGUGUGCACGCGGCGGCCGGGCGAGUUCGCGCGCCUGGGCGUGCGGCUCGCGCACGACGUGUCGCUGGACCCGCGGCCCGAGUACGCGCGCGCCGUGCUGCACUUCCCCAGCGUCGACCAGUUGCCGGUCGCCACGCUGCUGGGCAACCAGUGCAGCAGCCGCUUGCUGAGCGCGUGCGGCGCCAGCGUGCUGCUGGAGCUGCCGGGCGCGUCGGAGCGCGCGCCGCGGCUGGCGGCCGGCGUCACCGUGCCCGCCUACGUCACCGGCAGGAUCGAUCUCACUAGACUCUAAGUCUAACAUAUACGUAACAUUUGAGCCUCAAUGAGCCUUAUUUUCAACACGCUUAUAUCAGCUUCACUUGUAACUAUGUAUCUAAGAAAAUCGAAUCUUGGAAUUUUAAUUUGACUCAUUUCCCGGUCUUCGAUUAGGAUGAAAUUUUACACACACUCUGAGUUCAGAGGGCCUAUUCUACGCACGCCGAAUGAUGAUCCCUGUGACGUUUCAACUGACAGUUGUGUUAGUGAUGCGAAACAAUUUCAUAACAGUCUUAACAUAAAGUCGAUAACAGCUUGACGACUUAAUUUAGAUAUCAGCACGUACACGUGCUGCAAAAGUUACGUCGUCAAACUACUAUCGACUUUAUGUUAUGACUGUUAUGAAAUUGUUUCGCAUCACUAAUAUAACUGUCAGUUGAAACGUCUUACGGAUCAUCAUUCGGCGCGCGGACUAUAGUGGUAGUAUGAUACUGUGACGAUCGCGUUAAUGUAAACGCGAAUUGAAACAGCGUCAUCUGUUGUGCACUACUAAGAAACGCCAUUACAAAUCCAGUAUGGCGGUCUCCCCAAUCACUUGUAACUAUGUAUGUAAGUAAAUCUUGGAAUCUUAAUUUUAUCCACUUCCCCGUCUUCGAUUAGGAUGAAAUUUUACACACGCUCUGAAUUCUGAUGACAAUACAUGACUAGCUAAGAAACGUCAUUACAAAUCCAAUAAGGCGGCCUACCCAAGAUGGCGGACUGGCUGUUUGAAAUCCACCCCCAUGAUAUGGGUAUCAAAUGAAAUAAAAUUUAGGUACCUUCCUUACAUGCAAGUGAGAAUUAUUUUUUCAUUGUCUAUCCCAUGGUGUGGGGUAUGGUUAUCAGUAUUUUUGUGCAUUACUUAUCUAACUUAAUAUACAGAACCCCACUCUGCGCGUGGCCCGACACGCACUUAGCCGGUUUUUUUUCAAGGCUAUUUUUCUUCUUUAGAUACUUAAUGGGGAAAAAGAACUGAACUCGCGUAAUAGCGUUGUCAUACAUAUUUACAAGGUAUGUGUGAUAUAUGUAAAUGCUAUAUUAAUGGUAAUAAAAAUUAUUUAAAAUGAUAAACAUCUACUUCCUAAAAAUAUUUCUCAACAACUUAAAAAUAAUGGUAUGUUAAGGUUCUGGUGCGUUGUUAUCUAUUUCUAAUGUACGACUAAGGGCGAUGCUUCUUUAGUGCGUUGCGUUGACAGCGUUAUUCUCUAUAUAAUAUUUUAAAUGGCAUGCCACGUUAACGCAGCGACGUUUGAAUGGAACUGCGACGUCGUGUCGCCGCAACGCAGGAGCGGCAUACAAUGCAUUGAUCAGUUGCAACGACGCAACGCAACGCACUAAUGAGGCAUCUCCCUAAUUAGACAGGGAUUUUUUUUCGAUAUUAAAUGCGUAGCUUAUAGGUUGUUUUGUUUGAGGCUGGUGAUCUGACGAAGAUUUUGGGUUAUGGUAAUUAGGCAUGUUUUGUUUUUAAAUUAAACAACUGAAAAUAAUGGUAUGUCAAGGUUCUGGUGCGUUGUUAUCUAGUUCUACUUUACGACUAAGGGCGAUGCUUCUUUAGUGCAUUGCGUUGACAGAAUUUUCAUAUAUUUUAAAUGACAUGCCACGUUAACGCAGUGACGUUUGAACGGAAAGUGUUUCACUUGUUACGAUUCAUUGUUGAGAGUUGGUGCGUGCGUUAUACUCUUGCGCUGCGAUGUCGUGUGUCGUCGCAACGCAGGUGUGGCAUACAGUGCGUUGAUCCGUUGCGACGACGCAACGCAACGCACUAAUGAGGCAUCUCCCUAAUUAGAUAGGGUUGUAUAGAUUUUUUUUCGAUAUUAAAUAUGUAGCUUAUAUUAUACAUAGAGUAUAAGUCUGUUUUCUUUAAGGCUGGUGAUCUAACGAAGAUUUUGGGUUAUGGAGUAAAUAGGGUUAUGGUAAUUAGGCUAGUUUUGUUUUUAAAUUAUAUAAAUAUUAAUUGUUAUUUUAUUAUGAACCAUAAUUUCUGGAGGUGAUAUGAUCAUAACAAUAUUUUCGGCAAUUAAAAGUAUCUUACAAAAUGAAUUUCGUGUUCUAAGACUGAUUAGUCUUAAAAGAAAUUAUUGUAUGUAUAUCACUACAAUAUAAAUCUCACAUAUUAUACUUAAUUACGUUAAAAUUCUUAUGCUCUAGAGGCUACCUGAAUCAUGAAUGACUUUUAAAGAGUAUUAAGUUAUAAAGGUAUCUGAAUUUAAAAAUUAUGCUUUGAUAAUUUUAUUCAUAAGACAUAAAAAAUUACUGUCAUGUUCACAAUCACAUGUUUUAUUUACUUAUUUUUUCCAAUUUUAGUCAUAUCAGAAUUUCCAAUUGUAAGUCUAGUUAAAUCAAGUUACUGAAUUGGAAAGACGAGUUUCUUCACAACACAAUAGGCAAUAUUAUAUUAUUAAAUUCAUAGGAAUAAAGAUCUAUAUAUGCCAUUAAUUUACUAGGAAUAUUAAAUUGUUAUGUAUGUGUUUAUGUAAUUUUUUUCAAAUGAAAGGUUAGGUUUGGGUGUUGAACAGAAAUAGAUGUUACAAACAAUCUACUUUAUUAUUUAGAAAAUGUACAGUAUACACUAUUUCUCAAAAAUGUUAUAAACAAUUCUUCUAUACAACAAGGCAAACAAAUUGAUGUGGAGGAAUGCAAUGAAACUGAUUUUUACAGUUUUACUGAAACAAUCCCUGUCAAUAUAGUUGUAAAGUAAAGUGUAAUGAAGUAAAAAGGGUCUACAAUUAUAUGUUUUAAUGAAAUAAUCUUUCCUUUUUAUAUACAUGUAGAUCUUAUUUAAGAAAAAUCAGUCAUUGCAUCUCAUUAACUCGAAUAAGUACUACAGUGUUACGUUAUCUACUAUUGCAUUGCAUUCAAAAAAUUAAAUUGUAUAUGUACUGUACAAAUAAACAGAUCAAUUAUAUUA